GUCUACUCUUUCCUUGCUUGUCAAUAGCCUCUAGACCAGACAUACACCAUGUCGACACCUCAAUUUGCGACAUUCCGUCGCUUCGUCCUCACUGGCAGUAUUGCCGCCGUCACUGCCACAGGAGCUUGGUAUGGUGCCGGUCUGAAGAUGAAGCAAGACAUCAAACAGGAAAAAGAAAAGGCAAUCACAGCAACACCACUCCAGCAAAUCACAGAACUCGAAACCUAUCGUGCCAACUUGAUGCAAAAGAAAAUCAUGCUGGACAAGAAGAUUGAUGAGUUGGAAGUCAAGAAGAGGAAACAGGAGAGGAAGAGAGUGAAAGAAUUGGCAAGGUUGGAGAAGGAAAAAGCAGAGAAGGAAAAGUAAGAGACAUGGAGAACAUGAACAGACAUUCAAGCCUUUCCAUCGAGAGGAAAGGGUGGUCGCUGGCAGGACAUAGCAGAGUCUCCGUCUGCAGCCUGGGGCGGCCAUUAAGAUGGACUAACAGCUUCUUUGACCGGCUCACCGAGGAUCUUGGUUGGUCUGGCAUGAAGGAAGAGAGCCGCCAUGGUACAAGAUGCCCCCGCACACGUCAAGUAAAAGGCUUGGUCGAAAAGAUGGAGUCUAGACAGGAGAGAUGUAUGCGUGAGAAGAGGCCGACUUCUUGGAGAGACCUACGACUACGGCACAGAUCACCGCGGUGGCAGCCAUCAAUCCGGUCAGCAUUGCUCAAAAAGGGACAUCCGAAGUCAAAACGUCGAGAGACGACGACAUAUACACCACUCGCAUCGACAAGACCAAAAAGUAAAUCUGGAUCCACAAAUGGCAAAACCCAAGCCCCUAUGUACACAUAGCUGGGGACGUCCCCCAUCUGUGGCGAGGAAGUCAAUUCUCUCGCUAAAGAACCUUGGAAAAACCGAGCAGAAAUUCAUGAAUCUUGUACAACAGCAAAUGAGUUUCGCUGCGCCGGAAGUUCGAACCAAUCGACCCCCUUACUAUCAGAGGAAAAGCCGCCGGUGGUUUUAUCGCACGAGCCUUGAGGCGACGCAAUUGGGCAACACGACUAGGAUUACUGGAAGGACUGGAUUCUGGCGGAAUACAUGGACUAGCUAAGCGAAGGUGGAAGUGAAGGUUGAAGUGGUGCUCGAGUUGCCCGCGAUCAGUGUCCGAUAUACAGAGCCAACCCACGGCUUUGAAUUAGGACCAAGG